AUGCCCUUACGCUUCACCACUGACGCCAGUAACAUCGCUUGCAGGGCCGUCCUUGAGCGGAUGGUCCAGGACAUUCCCCAACCGCUCUCCUUCUUCAGUAGAAAACUGUCACCCCCCGAGACGAGGUACAGCACGUUCGACUGUGAGCUUCUGGCUGUAUACCAAGCAGUGCACCACUUCUGUUACCUCCUCGAAGGCGCUCCCUUCACCAUCAGGACAGACCACUGCCCCUUGGUGCAUGCCUUCACCAAGGCGGGCAAUGCAAGGUCAGUAAGACAACAGAGACACCUGGCAGCCAUUGCUGGGUUUGGCUGCACCAUCCACUACGUCCCCAGUGAGAAGAAUGCCGUGGCGGACGCCCUCUCAAGGAUAGAAAUCAACGCCGUCCAUCUCAGGACCGAUUACGAAGGCCUCACCUGGGAACAGGCUGCCGACCCAGUGACUGCUGCAUACCGCACAGCCCUCACCUCCCUCAAGUGGGAGGACGUGCCCUUCGGACCCUCAGGCAAAAUGCUCCUGUGCGACACCAGCACGGGUCUCCCCCUUGGGCUGGACGAUGAUGCGCCUCCUGAUGGAGAAGUUCGUCUGGCACAGAAUUCGGAAGGACUCUCGAGAGUGGGCCAGGAACUGCGUCCCGUGCUAAUCAAGCAAAAUAAGCCGCCCACAGAAUCGGCAUGGGGGAGUUCCCUCAGCCGAAACGAAGAUUCGCACAUUCGUGUAGAGGUCGUAGGUCCCCUGCCCCCGUCCAAAGGCGCCAGAUACCUCCUGACGAUAAUCGACCGCUCCACCAAGUGGCCAUAG